GGGCGCCCGCCCCUCCCGGCCCCGCAGCCCCCACCGGCGCUUUAUAAGAGCGGGGCCUGCGCCGGGCGCACCGCAGCGCCGCUGGGAUCCGGCCCCGCGGCCCCGCUCCGGGAGCAACUUCUCCUCGCCUUGCUUCCACCUCCUGCUGCAGCGGCGGCGCUUCUCCAGCCCCGUCUCGGUGCAGAUCCUGGAGAGCCGGACCAUGCAUCCCGCGGUGCUUCUCGGUCUCCUGGGAGCCGCGGCCGUCGUUGGUUCUAUGCCAGUGGAUAAUGGGAACCACAAUGAAGAAAUGGUGACUCGCUGCAUCAUCGAAGUCCUCUCAAAUGCCCUAUCUAAGUCCAACGCGCCUCCCAUCACCCCUGAGUGCCGACAAAUCCUGAAGAAGAGUGGAAAAGAGGUCAAAGAUGAAGAGAAAAUUGGAAAUGAAAACACAAGGUUUGAAGUCCGUCUGUUAAGAGAUCACGUUGACGCCACGGAAGCCCAAGGACCCCCAGGCAAGGAGGAAGCAGAACCUCCCCAGAAAGAGGACCCGCAAGACCCAGCAAUGGUCACUGAAAGAGAGGAGGGUGGGCACAGCCACGAGGGAGCAGGGACACCCCAUGAGAGCCUCCACCCUGAUGUCAACAGUCCUGUCUCCAAAGAAGCAGUGGCGUAUCAUUCUGAGCCGAGCUCAGGAGAGGACCGGGCCAAGGAGCCAGAGAAACGUCCCAAAGGGAAGCUGGGGGAGGAUGCCAGCCAAGAAGCACUAGGGGAGACACAGGACAUUUUUCUCCACCCGAGAAACCAGGCCUCCUCGAAGGGCAAAGAGGAUGCUGCCUCCCCUUACGGCGGUACCCACUCUAGUGAACGCUCUGAGGAGAAGACACACAGUCGGGAGAGAAGCAGCCAGGAGAGCAAGGAAGAUGCAGGGAGCUUCGAGAAAUACCCCCACGCACCCAAAAGCCAGGCUGGGAGACAGCAGGAAUCUGAGGAGAGUGAGGAAGAAGCCAGCCCCGAUGUGGACAAACGACGCUUGAGGCACCACCACGGCCGGACCAGGCCUGACAGGCCCUCCCAAGAGGGGAGCCCCGCGGCCAAGGAGAGGGACCGUCCCCGUGAGGCCCUUGAGGAGUCAAAUGGGGGCUGGGCUGAUGUCGGGGACAGGCAGGACCGCAACCCUAGCCACUACAGGGAUUUCCAAGAAGAGCCAGAGUAUCGGGGGCGAGUGGGAAGUUCCCCAGUUGUCUGGGCUCCGGAGGACGUGGAGGCGGCACACCAUCGGGGCAGAGGAAGUGAGGAGUACAGGGCGGUAGGCCCGUCUAGUCAGGAGGAGGAGGAGGAAGAGGAGGAAGAGGAGCAGAGGAACCACCCCGGCCUCGAGCUUGACAACAUGGCACGGGGCUAUGGUGAAGAAAGCAAGGAAGAGAGGGGCUGGGAGUGGGGGACCCACCCCAGAGCUAAGGGAGGCCCGUCAGGGGCCAGCAACAAAGAAGACAAGAGGUUUUUGAGUGGAGGCUACCGCCAGCUUGGAGAAACUCAACUGGACAAGGCCAGGAGGUAUCCACAAGGCGAGUGGGAUGAGCAGAAUAGAAACGACCUCAGGGACGGGGAGGGGAGAGGCGAGGAAGGAGGCUGGGGGCGGUGGCAGCAGCCCGAGUAUCCACGGGAGAGUGAGAAGAGGGAGGAAGCCCGGCUGUCGGGCCAGAGAUCCACGCCCCGCUACACCUCUGAGGACAGGAAGAGGCUCGGGGAGCUACUCAGCUCCUACUUUGGCCCUUCCCAGUGGAAGAACAGCCAUUUUGAGAGGAAAGAUGACGUGGAUGCUGGUUUCCCGGAGGGCGAAGAGGACAGGCUGGCCGUGAGCGAGAAGAGUUUCUUCCCAGAAUACAACUAUGACUGGUGGGAGAAAAAGCCUUUCGAGGACGACGUGAACUGGGGCUACGAGAAGAGGAACUUCGCCCCACGACUGGACCUGAAGAGACAGUAUGACAGAGUGGCCGAACUGGACCAGCUCCUCCACUACAGGAAGAAAGCCGCCGAGUUCCCAGACUUCUAUGACUCCGAGGAGCCGAUGAGUCUGCGCCCAGCAGCAGAAAGCGAAGGGGACAGGGCUGGCCCUGGUGUUCUGACAGAAGAGGAGGAAAAGGAACUUGAAAACUUGGCUGCAAUGGAUUUGGAACUUCAGAAAAUAGCCAGGAAAUUCAGUGCUAAUCGAGGGGGCUGAUGGUCAUUGGAGCAAGCGGCCAUUGUCGGAAGCAGCCCUUACAUCAUCUAUUUUCCACCAUUUCACUGAGAGACACCAUUUAGUUAUCUGAAGGGAGAAAGUAGAAUUUACUAUUUAUUGAAUGUUUGACAUAAUUGGAAAUGUAUUUUUUGUAGUAUGCAAUUGAAAAUGAGUAGCAUGACUUAUAGCAUAUUCUUUCUUGCAAAAUAGACUAUUAACACGCUUGUGACCAUGACUAUGCUACUAUCCUUGAAAAAAUAUCUUUGUCUCAGUUUGAAAUAAUAAAAGGUUCAUCUGAGGCCAU